GCUGCUCUGUGAAUUUUGACGAUGCUUGCUCUUUUUUUUUUCUGGCCCUCGUUUUACCGGUUCCACUAUAAAUAGGCAGGUGAGUGCUUCUUGUCGUAAUAGUAAGCUCAUCACUUGGCACCAGCUGUGAAAAAAGCUUAAUUAGUCAAUUCUCUCCGUCAGUUGAUUUUGUUUGGCCAACGGAACAUGAGCUUUAAAGGAUUCAACGGGAAGAACCCGAUACUCGUUGGGCCGUGGGGAGGGUUGGGAGGAACCCUUUGGGACGACGGCGUGCACUCCACGGUGAGGCAGGUCGUGAUUACUCAUGGUGCAGCCAUUGAUUCCAUCAAGAUCGAGUAUGACCUGAAAGGAAAGUCAGUCUGGUCAGAGAAGCAUGGAGGUGAUGGAGGCACCAAAACUGAUCAGGUGAAACUCGACUACCCUCAAGAAAUCCUCACCUCUGUCAGUGGCUACUACGGAUCAUUGGGAGGCUGCAUCGUCGUAAGAUCACUAACAUUCAGGAGCAACCUCUCCAAGUACGGGCCUUUCGGCUCCGAGGAAGGGACGCCCUUCUCGCUCCCAGUGGCGGUCACCGGUAAGGUCAUCGGCUUCCAUGGCAAAUCCGGGUGGUUUCUCGACUCAAUCGGCUGCCAUUUCAAGAAGGAGAAGAACGCCACUCCGUCGUCCAAUGCUCCUUCAGCUCUCAGGAGCAUCACGAGACCUCAUGACAAGAAUGGCAACAGGUACGCAGAUAGCAAUGCUGGGUAUGACAUGGUUCUUGCCGUCAGAGACAGAGGUGACAGCUACAGUGUCCUGACUAGCAACAAUCCCAAGGAACAGUAUCCUAACCAAUCACAGGAUGCUACUCUCUGGAACAAGAUGGUGUCACUGCCUAGUUUCUACUCGGAUAAUGGGACCAUGACAAUAAGCACUCCGGUGAGAUUUGGUCCCUGGGGUGGAAAUGGCGGCACCAUAUUCGACGACGGUAUAUACACUGGUGUUCGACAGAUCAAUUUAAAGCGAGGAUUGGGUAUAUCGACGAUGAAGGUCCUCUAUGAUCGAAAUGGGCAGGCUAUAUGGGGUGAUAAGCGUGGAUCCAGUGGGGCAGCAAGGGCUGAGAAGGUAGUAUUCGAUUUUCCAUCAGAGAUCUUAACUCACAUAACUGGUUACUUCAGUUCGACGAUGAUCAUGGGAUCAACGGUGAUCAAGUCUCUGACAUUCCACACGACGAAGAAGAGCCAUGGUCCUUUCGGGGAUGAGACUGGCACGUUCUUCUCCAGCUGCCUGACCGAAGGUAGGAUAGUAGGAUUCCAUGGCAGGGAUGGGUGGUACAUCGACAGCAUUGGAGUCCAUGUCCUUGAAGGCAAGGUGUUGUCACAGAGAGCUGACAGAGCAUUGACCGAAACGAGCCCGUCUCGGCACGCCGAUAUGCUUGCAGUAGCACAGAGGGAAAUAGGAGAUGAGGUUACAUAUGGUGUGGUGAAAGAACCAAUACCAGUAGGGCCAGGGCCUUGGGGUGGCGAGGGAGGCAAGCCAUGGGACGAUGGUGUCUACACAGGAGUGAAGCAAAUCUACAUCAUGAGAGCCGAUUUCAUCGGUUCUGUGCAGAUUGAGUACGACAGGAGUGGCCAAUCCAUCUGGUCCACAAGGCACGGCAACGGUGGCCAGAUAACACACAGAAUCAAGCUGGACUACCCACACGAGGUCCUGAACUGCAUAUACGGCUACUACAACACCUGCCAGGAUGAAGGGCCCAGAGUGCUGAGGUCGAUCACUCUCGUCAGCAACCGGGGGAAGUACGGGCCGUUCGGCGAGGAGGUCGGGACCUACUUCAGCUCGGCGACGACGGAAGGGAAGGUGGUCGGGUUCCAUGGCCGGAGCGGCCUGUACCUGGACGCCAUUGGCGUGCACAUGCAGCACUGGCUGGGUGACAGGAACAGAACUGCAGCUCCCAGCUCUAAUAAGUACUACAUCUCCAAGUACCUGUUUUGAUUGAGCUCUGCAGAAUUGUGUUCUUAACUUUGUGUUUGAAGCAUAUGCUUUUGAUGUGAAGUCCAAAGUCCAAACACUUUCAGAUUUGAAGAGUGGCGUGUGAUUUAUUGUGUGAACUUAAAAUUAUUAUCCGUGUGCAUUUCCUAGAUUCAGAGGCCUGGAAUGAUUUGAUCAUCUUCCAUAUGAAACAAAAAACAUCAGAAUGUAUGUGAUUUAUUUGUCCGGUUUGGAGAUUUGA